GUUUGUGACAGGACAUAACAUUCCCCCGGAAACCUCUCAGCCUGCACCACUGUCUUCUGCCAAUUCUUCCUCUUCCUGCUUGUGUCUCUAUCUCAAGACUCCCUGUGUCUUCCACUGGAUUUGUCUUCCUCCUUGGUGUGCCAGGGACUGAACUAUGGAGCUGUCGGAUAUCUCUUUCCCCAUCCCCGCGGCUGAUGAUUUCUAUGAUGACCCCUGCUUCAACACCAGCGACAUGCACUUCUUCGAGGACCUGGACCCGCGGCUGGUCCAUGUGGGUCUUCUGAAGCCGGACGACUCCUCCUCUUUAUCCUCAUCCUCCCCUUCCUCCUCCUCCUCCUCGCCUUCCUCCCUGCUGCACCUCCACCACCACGGCGACGGGGAGGACGACGAGCACGUCCGCGCCCCCAGCGGGCACCACCAGGCGGGCCGCUGCCUGCUCUGGGCCUGCAAGGCCUGCAAGCGGAAGACCACCAACGCGGACCGGCGGAAGGCGGCCACGAUGCGGGAGCGCCGGCGGCUCAGCAAGGUCAACGACGCCUUCGAGAACUUGAAGCGCUGCACCUCGGCCAACCCCAACCAGCGGCUGCCCAAGGUGGAGAUCCUGCGCAACGCCAUCAGCUACAUCGAGUCCCUGCAGGCGCUGCUGCGCGGCGGCGGCCAGGACGACGGUUUCUACCCGGUGAUGGAGCCCUACAGCGGGGACUCGGACGCCUCCAGCCCCCGUUCCAACUGCUCCGACGGCAUGACGGAUUUUAACGGGCCGACCUGUCAGUCCAACAGGAGAGGAGGUUAUGACAGCAGCACUUAUUUCUCCCAGACUGCAAACGGUGGUCAGAAGAGUGACCGCAGAUCGGUGGUCUCCAGUCUCGACUGUCUCUCCAGCAUUGUGGAGCGAAUCUCCACUGACAACAGCAGCUUGAUGCCGGCUGCGGACGGCCCUGGGUCCCCGCCAGGCGACCAGACGGGGGAGACAGCAGCACCCGGACCCCCUCGGCUCCCCUCUCCGACGGCCAGCCAGGACCCCAACCUGAUCUACCAAGCCCUAUAGACCCUCAAACCUGAGACAAUUCACAUCCUCUCACACAGUCCACUCGUAAAAAUCCACAUCAGAUCUUUACACACCAACACCAACACACACACACACACACACUGAAAGUGAUGUUAUAGCGACUGAACUGAUUCUUAACACCCUGUUUACAUCACUUGUUAAGAUGUUAUAGUUUUCUCAACAUCCCUCCACAUCUGCUGUUAUUUCCUUUAGAUCAAAAUAUGGAAGCUCAUUCUAGUCAAAAAAAGAAAAGAUGAGUGCGAAGGUUUAUUAGUAGUGUAUCAUUUUAAAAGAGAGAAAAUAAUCUAUUGCCCACUUACUUACCCCUGUUUGGGCUUUUAAGCACCAUCUCAUUCUCAAUCAAUAAACAGAGUUUGAUAUUUUAUAGAUCUUAUUGAGCAUGCUCAGAUGAUGAAGAUCCUGGGACAUAAUUACAAGCUCUUAAUACAGGAGUCUAAAGAGCAAACAAGUUUAUUCUUGAAUCUUGAUUUAAUAGCUGUAAAAUAAGGAAUGACAAAAAUAACAGCUCCAUAUUUAAGUGUCAAAUAAUAAUUGCAAUUAUAUUGUAAAUAUUAAUUACAAGAGAGACGGUCUCUAUUGUUUUUUCAUGUCAACUUGUAACGUAGUGGAUUCACUUCAAAAUACAAUAAGUGACAGAAAUGCAAAAAUGUGAGUGGAGAUGCAUAGCCAGUUGUAAUGUUGACUCCAUAUACAAUGUGCAUUGUUUUUUGUGGCAGCAAUGACUUUCCAUAGUUGAGCUUGUUUGUCCCACAGAUUCCCCUUCCUGGUAGUAUAAGUGGACUAGACUGGAGCUCAAACCACUUGAAUGCUGGAAAAUGUAGUUUUUGCAAAUAUUUCUUGAUUGAUUAUUGUUGUAUUUUUUUAUUUUAAUUUAUAAAAAAACUAUUUUAAGGCUCAGCUGGGUCGUUCAGAUAGAUUUUUCUUCCUUUCUGUGUGUAUUCUAUUCGAUGGACGGAGGCCAAAGACCAUCCAUUUACAUUCCUCCACAUUCGUCCAUCUGAAGUUCUAACUGCUCCAGCUGUUCAAUUCCCUCAGGAAAAAAAGAAUUACAAUUAUUAUAUGAUUUAUUUAAAACAUACCAGAUUAUACAAUAGAUAUCUGUAGUAAAACUUUAAUACUUAAUAACAAAAAUACUUCUACAGACACUUAAAUCCCUCAGAUUAGACGAUUAAAGUAUUCGAGGAGGAAAUGUAGUGUUAAAUGGAUUUCGUUUAUCAUUUUCAUUCACUGCAGCGGAGGACCAUUUUUCUGUUUCUGUACAUAUUAUGUAAAUAAGAGCUGAUUUGUUCCAACUGAAAGUAUUAAUUAUGUAUUUAAUGUUUCUGUCUGUAUGUGCUUCUGUUUGUUGUGAAAAUGUUUAAACUUUAUAUUUAUACAUCUGAAAAAUGAGUGACAGACUAAUGACAAAUAAAUGAACCUGCUUAUUUAUACAAAAA